AUGGGCUGGUUCUGGGGCUCAUCCGACGGCAGCGCCUCCGCCGACCCGGCGAAGCAGCUCGACCCCAGCCUCAAGCAAUUCCUCGAAAAAGAGUCCGCCUCCACGCCCGCCGCGCAACAACACCAACAACAACACCAGCAACUCGCCCAACCCCCUUCUCCUCCCGCCGCCGCCGCCACCACCACCACCACCACCCCUCAACAACACGACAACUCCCCCGCCUCCGCCCCCGCCGAGUCCCUCUACCCAGACGGGCGCUACGCCCACCUCUGGAAGACAUACGAGCCGCUCUCAAGCAUCGAGUCGCGCACGCGGUCGGACCAAGAAAAGCUGUCCGACAUCGUCGCCGCGUACAACGACCGCCGCGCCAACAUCGGGCGGGCCGCGCUCGAGAACUGCGCCUUCGAGCAGGCGGCGCUGUCCGACUGCUUCCGGUCGGGGUCGUGGGCGGCGCGCGUGUCCAUGUGCCGCGCCGACACGCAGGCGCUCGACCGCUGCUACACGAUGCAGAGCCGCUUCCUCAAGGCGCUGGGGUACCUCGCGGUGCAGGGCGAGGGCCGCGAGCGCGAGGAGGCGGUGCAGAUGCAUGCGGAUCGGUUGUAUCAGCGGAUGGUGGCGCAGGAGCGGGCGGUGAGGGAGGCGAGGGAGCGCGGGGAGGAGCCGCCGGUUUUUGGGAGCAUUUUGAGCAGGGAGAAUGUGGCGGCGGCGAUGAAGGGGGAGGUGGCGCCGGUGGUGGUGGUGGGGGUCGAGGGGGUGGCGCGGGCGAAGGUGGAUGAGGCGAAGGCGAGGGAGAGGGAGGAGAGGGAGUUGGCCGAGAGUUUGGACGAGAUGCGCGGGCUGAGUCCGAAGAUGCGGAAGGAGUUUGAGGCGCGUUUGCAGGAGCUGCAUGGCGAGGAGCGCGACGUGGAGUUGAGGGUGAUACAGGGCGAGUAUGCGGAGAGCAAGAUCAUUGCGAAGCAGGUCGAGGCGCUGUUCGAGGAGGAGCGGGUCAGGAGGUUGCAGAGGCAGGAGCAUGGAAAGGCGACGAUUGGAGAUACGAUCAAGAAGUGGUGGGGUUGGUGA